UUCGCCAAAGGUUUCAGUGUUUUCGUCUCCAUUUGGUCUUUAUGGAACCCAUCCAAUGGACCAAUAAAACUGAUGAUUCCUUAUUUGAAGCCCAGGAGCUCUUCAGCUAUGGAUUCGAUCCCGAGACGGCGCCAAACUUCUGCGACUCGAGCUCGCGAACUGCGUCGUCCAUGGCACUCCGCGACAACAUUUUGCAGGAGAGGGAGAGGCGGAAGAGGUUCAACCAGACGCUUUACGAUCUCAGAGGCGUCGUCCCCAACAUAACGAAGAUGAGCAAGGUCUCCAUAAUCCAUGACGCGAUCAACUACAUCCAGCAGCUUCAGGAUCAAGAAAGAUCUCUGCUCGAUGAGAUAUCAGACAUGGAGUCGACCGAGAAGUACUCAUCCUGUUUAGAGGGCAACAGAGACAACAGCACUUGGAGCUUCUCCAUUCCAUCUGAAUCCAUGGAAGUGAUGGAAAUCGGAGUGAGAGAGAUGGGCAAUGGAACCACGAUUAUCAACAUCACUAGCGAGAACAAAAAGAGUGCGAUAACAAGGGUGUGCCAGAUUGUGGAGUCUUGCGGCCUCAGUAUCAUUGCAGCUAAUAUCACUUCCAGAUUCGGGAUUAUCUUCCAUACAAUUGUCGUCGAGGACGGUGGAGUCGAGAGUUCUCAGUUGAAAAGGAAGAUAGAGGCUGCUUUCCUUCAUCGUGGCGCUCCGAGAAACACUUUCCCCGUUUCAUGGAGCAACUGUGGAAUGAAGGUACAUGGACGUGAAAUAUGAAAGGAACAAGUCUGCGUUCUCUUGGAGCGAAAUGAGAUAUAUUGUCACAAGUAUUAAUUCUGAUUUCGUGUUGGGGAAAAUAAAUAGCGAAAAUUAACUUUGUUGAUGUGUAUAUAUAUAUACACUUUAAGGAGUCGGCUGCGAGUAUAAAUGAACAUGUCGAUCACUGUUUCCGUGUGUGUGUGUGUUGGAUCAUUGUUGAAACUAACUCAUGUAUGCAUCACACCUGGGACACGAAAUGUCGACACCU